UGGGAAGCGCGGAUGUUGUCCCAGCGUGCCGCGCGCCGCGCACGGCGGCAGCCAAUGAGCGCGGAGGACGCGGGGGGACACGGCAAGGUGAGCGCUGCCCGCAGAGCCGCCGCAGCUCCGGCCGGACCCGCGCAGGUGAAGCACGAUGCAGGCUCCUCUGGCGCUCCUCAGCUCCCCAGCCCUGUUCCGCUGCUGCUCUAGGGCGCUGGCCAGACCCGUGUCAGUGUCUGUUUUCAGCCGGCCUGAGGCUCAGGCCAUACAGCCCACCGGUGUGUCCCAUGCACAGCUGUCCCGCCGCGGCUUCCAAACCAGCGCGGUCUCCCGGGACAUCGACACGGCCGCCAAGUUCAUCGGUGCCGGCGCGGCCACGGUGGGGGUGGCCGGUUCGGGAGCCGGUAUCGGGACAGUGUUCGGCAGCUUGAUCAUCGGCUAUGCCAGGAAUCCCUCUCUCAAGCAGCAGCUCUUCUCCUACGCCAUCCUGGGCUUCGCGCUGUCCGAGGCCAUGGGGCUGUUCUGUUUGAUGGUGGCCUUCCUCAUCCUAUUCGCCAUGUGACAGCGCGGGGCUGGCUGCGGCGGCCGCCCCCGUCCUCUGCGCCUGGAGAACGUUUCCACCUGAGCGCCCCAGACUGACAAUUAAAGAAAACAUUUCUCUAAAUAAA